UGUGACUUUGUGAGGUUAUGAAAAGACGUUGUUCGUCCUUCAAUAGUAUGCCCUGUCCGCACUCUGCAAGUGCUCCAAUUUGGGAAACUACUUAAGAAGCUGGAGAAUUUCUUGCGAAAAUACUGCAUACGCAUUGCAGUUAAAGCUCAGCCCUAUUUCAACCGUUUAGGAAACAAUUAUUUGCCCCAAAUUGUACAAUAUGACUGCACGUCAAGUUGCUGUGGAUUUGCAGGCUCUGUCAGAGAGUGGCGACUACUAUAAUACUGCUCUUGAUCUGUAUGAUCGCGGGAGUAGAAGAAUUCAGAGGUUAAGUGAAUGGGUGGAUGAGAAUCUACCUGCGCUGGCUGAGUCAAUCAGUUCUGGUUUACGAGAGGAUGAAGAGUUGACGGUGCUUAGUGUGGGACCCGGAGAAGGGGACAGUGACCGUAGAAUCUUGAGCCAUCUUCGAGGCAGGGCUCAUCCCAAGAUUCGCGCUGUCAUAAUGGAACCUGACUCCCACAUGAUGCGGCAGUACCAAGACCUGGUCAGCAAGGAGUCUGCCAAACUUCAAGACGUAGACUUUGACUGGAGACAGCAGACAUUUCAGGAGUAUCAAGCCACCGCCAAGGAAGAGGACAAGUUUCAUUUCAUCAGCAGCUUCAGCUCCAUCUAUUACUGUGGAGACUUGGAGAAGUCUCUCAAGUAUCUCUACGAGAAACUGCACUGCGGGGGAAUUCUAGUCGUGGCGUUGAUGGCAGGUGAAGGGGGCUUUGGAAGAUUAUGGCAGCACCUCCGCCAAACCUUAGGCAUGACUAUAGACUUCUUCACGUCCACCGACGUCGAGCAUGCCUGUAGGAACCAGAACAUACCCAUAGCGGAGAUACAGACCAUCAGCAUCCAGUGCGAUAUCUCGUCCUGUUUCGAUCCUCCUCAGCAACUCACUCAAGACGGCAACAUCCUUCUUGAUUUCCUGACUCAUACGGUCAACUUUGCCCAGAACGCCCCGGCUGAGUAUCGAGAUGAUGUGCUUCGGUUCUUGGGGAGUGAGGCUUGCUCCAAGACGGGACCGGCAGGGGAAGCAAUCUUUAAUGGUUUUGAUGCCGCUGUCAUCAUACGAAAACAGUAAUACCUCAAUAAUAUUUACUACUUUGCCCCUGCAGUAUUGGCUGAAGCGGAUCCAGAGCCUAUAUAGGAAGGAGGACUUUUGGCUUGCUUAACGAGUGGGGGAUAACUGUGAAACGCAUCGAAUGCACAACUGUGCUCGGGUGUAAUUUUCGUUUGUUUAUUUUUUUUUCAAGAGGGAGAUGUUUAGAAUACGAUUGGCUCAGGCAAAAAUGAUAACAACUGUUCAUGGAGGUGUGAGGGUGAACGAUAAUUUAUUUACAAUUCCAAAAAUCAGUUUUAACAAUGUCUAUUCAAUCUACAAAUCGAGUGUGUGAUAACCCGGUACAUUACCUCACCAAUUUCCAUUAAAUGAAUGCUAUAUGUUUGUGGAAAAAUAAUUUUUUGAAGAAAAUCUUUUAAAAAUUUGAAGAAAUAUGAUACUAAAGAAAAAAAUAAUUAAUCAUCAAAAAUGUAAAUUUUUAAAAUUGGAGCAGAAUAUUGAAAUAUUUACAGGUACAACCGACAAUUACUUCUUGGUGAUAAAUCACACGCAUAACAUAAAGAAGCCGAAUGUGCAGAACUUGAUUUACAUUUCAGAUUUGAUAUUUUUAAAUAUACAGGGUGAGUAAAGAAAAACCAGACCCAAAUGUCG